AUGGAACGGGCCGAGCCCUUCCUAGAGCUGCUCGAACAGUUUGAGCCCCGCGAGCUGUACAUCGUCGGCGACUUUAUCGACGGCUGGAAGCUCAAGCGGCGGUGGCGGUGGCUGCCGGUCUACGACCAGAUCCUGCAGCGGCUGAUGGACCUCCGCCGCCGGGGAGCCAAGAUCUACUACACGCCCGGCAACCACGACGACUUCCUGCGGGGGUUUCUCGCCAACUUCGGCGUGGUCGAGAUCAAGGACCAGUUUGUCCACACCGCGGCCGACGGGCGGCGGUUCCUGGUCAUGCACGGCGACCAGUUCGACUCGAUCGAGCAGAACGCCCAGUGGCUCUCUUGGACCGCCUCGUUCGCGUACGACGUGCUGCUCUCAACCAAUUGGCUGGUCAACCGGAUCCGCGGCAAGAAGGUCGACCCCUACGCGUUCUGCGGCAUGGUCAAACGCCGCGUCAAGCGGCUGGUCCGGCACGUCAGCGAGUUCGAGGGCCAGCUGGUGGAAUCGGCCCGGGACUCCGACUGCAACGGCAUCAUCUGCGGCCACAUCCAUUCCCCGCGGAUCGUCGAUGUCGACGGCCUGGCGUACUGCAACACCGGCGACUGGGUAGAGAACUGCUCUGCGCUGGUGGAGUACGAGGACGGUGGUUUCCAGCUGCUCCGCCGCGACGGCAGCGUGAUCGACGAGCUGCCCGCCACCGGGGCCGCCCGCAGCAACCCGCAGGCCACGCGCCCCGCGACGGCAGCCGGUUGUGAGGAGGAGGAAAACCUGCCGGCGUCGGCCGCGCCGCUGCACGGCCUGCUGGCCGGAAAAUAG